GCCUCACACAAAAGGGUCCAAACGCUCUUCACAUGCGCUUGUUCCUUGUGAUCCUCGGUCCUCCCCGUCCCUUUCCGCUGCUCGUCUCGAGCGAGUUGCCCGCAUAAACUACAAGCUUUGAUUGGAUGGAUCAUCAUCUCCCACCCGCCGCUUGCUAAGGCUUUGGCCACUCCGGCCGGCCGGAUAUAAAGCACGCCGGAGCGAAGGUUUAUCAGCUAGUAGCAGUAGCUUCUUCUCAGCUCGCAGCUAGCUCCUCUAGGACACCAUGAAGAAGAAGAAGCAGCAGCCAGUGUUGUUCCUUGCUUUGGAGGCGCUACUGGUCGCUUCUCUUCUGCUGCCCGGCCCGUGCCAGGGGUCUCAGGGAGCCAACCUCACCGUGACCGGCACCGUGUUCUGCGACGCCUGCUCCUCCAGCUCCUUCUCCAACCACAGCUACUUCCUGCCAGAUGUGAAGGUGAGAAUCGACUGCGCGAUCAGGGUGAGCACGACGUCCAAGGAGGAGAUCAAGAUCACGGCCGAGAAGACCACCGACAGGCACGGCGCCUACCGGCUCGACAUCCCGGCGGUCGCCAGCCUCGGCUGCACCACCGGCGGCGAGGCCGCGUCCUUCUGCCGGGCCGCCGUGCUGGACAACCCCUCGCCGCUCUGCGACGUGCCGGCCGUGACCACCACCGCCGGCCACAUCUCCUUCGCGGCCCGGGACCCGGACGCGUGCCUCUACAACCUCAACUCCCUCUACUACCGCCCGGGCAACAAGGCGGGCCAGUGCGACGGCGCGGGGGCGUCGACGUCGGCGACCGCCGCGCUGAACACGUCGCUCUUCUACUGCCCGCACUGGCCGUGGCCGCCCAUCCCGUUCUGCACGCCCCGCCCCUGGUUCCCGCCCAUACCGUUCUUCACGCCGCCGCCGCCGGCGUUCCCGUUCCCAUUCCCGCCGAUACCGUUCUUCACGCCACCGUCACCGCCGCCGGCGGCUUUCCCUUUCCCUUUGCCGCCCUGGCCGUGGACGCCGCCGGCGUCGCCACCGCCACCAUCGUUCCAGUUCCCUCAUCUGCCACCAAUAUUCUCAACACCAUCUCCCCCGCCGCCCCCGCCGCCGCCGCCUGCAUUCCCGUUCCCUUUGCCGCCGUUUCCACAGCUACCUCCUUUUCCGCAUUUUCCGCCUCUGCCGUCGUUGUAUUCGCCACCGCCUCCGCCGCCCCCGCCCUCGCCACCACCUCCGCCGCCGUCCUUUCCUUGGCCUUUCCCGCCAUUACCCUUCUUCCCUCCAACUGCAAGCCCUUCGGUCCCAUCUCCUCCACCUUCAAGGCAUUACCGGAAAGAUCCGAGCACCUGGUCCUCUUCCAAAACCCAACCAUAAAAAAAAAAUAAAGUAAUAAUAAAUAAGUACUUCAAGGAAAGGAUUACAAGUACAUAAGUAGCAAUUUAUCUGCUCGUGCUAGGGACGGAUAUAUAGUGGGUGUACUAGGCAGAUGAACUCCUUUUCUGUUUGAUUCACAGUGUGAGUCCGUGCCUAUAAUUAUAUGUCAGAUUGUAAAAAGAAGGAUUUCCUCUUUUUGAGAUGAAAAGACUCUGUAGAGAGAAAAUGCAGUUUUAUUGCGGCUUCAUAAUACUACAGAAUAACCAUUUCCCGGGUUA